CAGCUGAUAGAUCUGUUUUAGCUUUGAUCAGAGCUUGGCUUUUGUGUGGAUUCAAGCUUCAAAGGCGAUGGAACACUUACGAGGUUACAAAACAAACUGUGGAUUCUCACUUGGGAAACCGAGAUUUGGAUCUAUGAAGGUUAAAAUCCCAAGGAUCCAACCUUGUAUAGCUGACAAAGGUAAAGAGAGAGACGAAGAUGAAGAAGCUCUCGAGGAAGAAGAAGAAGAUGAUCAUGGAGCUAAGAGUAUGGAUCUAGAGGAAGGAGAUGUGGAAGAAGUAGAAGAAGAAGAAGAGAAGAAGCAUAUAUGUGGUGAAUGUGGUAAAAGGUUUGUGUCAGGUAAAGCUUUAGGAGGUCAUAAACGGAUUCAUGCGCUCGAAACUCGUAAAUUCUCAAUGAUGAGACCAAAGAUGGUGUCUGGUAUGGUCGGUAGAUCUGAAAGAGGUGACUUAGAAGUGGCUUGUUGUGUUUGUUACAAGAAGUUUACAUCAAUGAAGGCUUUAUAUGGACACAUGAGGUUUCAUCCGGACAGAGGUUGGAAAGGAGUUUUGCCUCCUCCUCCUCCUCUUCCUCAUCCACUUGGUAAUUCAUCGUCUUCUACACUCUCUAUUGAUGAUCAUCAUGAUGAUGAGUUUAUAAGCUCGGAUUAUGAUGAUGAUGAUUUUGAUGAUGAUGAUGAUGAUGAGAACUCGGAGUUAUGGGACAGUAAUUUGGAAUUGGAAAACGUUGUUGAACCGAUUAAAGGAUGGUCAACAAAAGGGAAGAGAUCAGGAAGUAGAAGUGCUUUGAAGUUUGAUGAAUUGGAUUUGAAGGAUCAAUCACCGGAAGAUGUGAAGGAUAUUGAUGAUGCUAAUGGUCUAUUGUUCUUAGCUACUACUGCAGAAGCAGCUGCUAAUCUUAAUGUUGCAGAGACUUCUGUUUCGCAUUCCGUUGAGGAAAAAUAUCUGGAAUUGGUCAAGAAGAGGAAGAAGAAGCAGAAAAGAUUGUCUGAGAUGGAAAAAGAAUCAACAUCUACUCAGGUUGAUCAGGUUGUUGUAGCAGCUGAGGAAGGUGGUGGUGCCGGUGCACGUGAGAAGCACGUGUGUGUGACUUGCAACAAAUCGUUUAGUUCUUAUCAAGCUUUAGGAGGUCAUAGAGCAAGUCACAACAAGGUCAAGAUAUUGGAGAAUCAUCAAGCUAGGGCAAACGCUGAAGCUUCAUUACUUGGAACUGAAGCAAUAACAACCGGUUUAGCUAGUGCUCAAGGAUCAAACACAUCUUUAAGCAGUAGUCAUAAUGGAGAUCAUGUUUGUAAUAUAUGUCAUAAAAGCUUUUCAACAGGUCAAGCUCUUGGAGGUCACAAGAGAUGUCAUUGGACUGGACCAGUUUCUACUGAGGCUGCAACCGCGGCUCCAACCUCUGCUCCAACUGCUCCUGCAGGAGCCGCUUCUAGUCAGGUAACAGAGAGAGUGCAAGAGGUGAAGAAAUUGAAGAGAAAGAUUUUGGAGUUUGACUUGAAUGAGUUGCCACCUAACGAAGAAGAAGAAUAGAAGAAGAAGAAAGAGUCUAAGAGACG